GCAAUUCUCAACCUCCCAACCAUCCAGACUCCUCCACGUUCCUCUACAUCAUCCCCUUCUCCUCCACUCUCACCGAACGAGACUUAUGUGUUAUGGGGAGCGUCUACCGUCGUUCGUCCUAACCCACGUAUUGUUCGUCCGGACUUAGCGCCCGCGAAGAAAGCGAGAUGCACGAGGUAUCAUAAUUAUAUACCUGAGGAAGAGACUAUAAGGAAUGAUUAUAGUCAGAGAUACGUUGAUGGGGGUGAGUGGCCGCAGGAUUGGGUCGUUGGUGCUGAGAUGGAGAGGAGGUUUGAGGAGUAUCCCAAGCAACAACGCUUACUACAGCUUAAGAAAGCUGCAGUCACAGACCACGCAGUCCCACCCACAUACCUUUCAAUGCCCGCCUCGAAGACGGUAUUACAGGGACUCAAGUUCGACGUUAUACUGAUUGACCCGCCAUUCUCGUCUUCAUUCAACUGGAAGCAGCUAGAAGCACUACCAAUAGCAUCUUACGCAGCGGAUCCAAGUUUCGUAUUCUUAUGGGUAGGAAGUGGGGCUGGUGAAGGUCUCGAACGUGGACGCGAAAUCCUUGGGAAGUGGGGGUAUAGACGGUGUGAAGAUAUUUGUUGGGUUAAGACGAAUAAAGAAAGUAACAAGGGGCCGGGUACCGACCCACCGACGACGUCUUUGCUCACAAGGACGAAACAGCACUGCUUAAUGGGAAUCCGAGGUACAGUUCGUCGGUCGACUGAUAGUUGGUUUGUACAUUGUAACGUCGAUACGGAUGUAAUUAUCUGGGAAGGAGACCCCCAAGACCCCACACGCAAGCCACCCGAAAUGUACCAACUAAUCGAGAACUUCUGUCUUGGUACCCGUCGUCUCGAGUUAUUCGGACGAUAUCAUUCCUUGCGCCGAGGUUGGGUAACAGUCACCGCGGAUGAGCUCGAGUUGACUCCUGCAGAAGCCCGAGAGAAAGAUGAUGCCAUGCCGUUUGAUCGAGAGAGAUGGGAGACUCAAAUUAAGGAGUUCGCUCAGGGAGGGAAGUGUGUUGUACCAAACUCUUCAGAAAUCGAGAGUUUACGUCCAAAAUCUCCCGCACCCCGCGGUCCCGGCGGACAAACUAGCGGUGAUCGAACCGUCAGCAACCCAACGCUCUCGGCAGUACCAAUGACAGGCUCGCCAAACCUUCCUAACAACCCUAUACGUACGUCGAGUAGCAUGGGUGGAACGAGUGGUGGAGUCAGCUUAGGCGCUUCACGACAAAGUGUUAAUCCGCAGAUGAUGGCUCAAUCGAUGAAUAAUAUGAAUGCUAUGUCGUUAUCUCAGGGUAGCAUGGGCGUUAUGGGAGGAAAUAUGGGAGGAAAUAUGGGAGGGAAUAUGGGGAAUAUGGGUGGAGGUAUGAACGGGAACAUGGGAGGUAUGAGGAACAUGAUGGGAAUGGGUAUGGGAGUCGGAAUGGGAAUGGGUUCGGGUAUGAAUAUGGGCGGGAACAUGAGUGACGCGAUGAUGAAUACGAACCCAAUGGGUAUGUCGAUGAACCCGAUGAACCAAAUGAUGGGUACGACCGGGCAGAGUGGGAUGGGCUUUGGUAAUUACGAUAGGUCGGGUGGAGGACGCGGAGGCGGAGGAGGGGGAGGACUUAUGCGACCUGGAAGUGGGAUGAUGAACAUGAAUAUGGGUACAUCUGGGAUGAACCAAAUGAGCCAGAUGAACCAGAUGAACCAGAUGGGUCAAAUGGGUCAAAUGAACAUGGGCAUGGGUAUGAACCCACAAGGUUACGGAGGGACUUACGACUCCGGUCAAGGAGGAGGAUUCAUGGGCGGCAGAAUGUGGAAUGGUGGUGGCGGAGGCGGCACGGACGAGCAGUCUGGAAUGAAUAACAUGAAUAACAUGGGGAUGCGUAUGGGAGGUAUGGGUAUGAAUUCUGGUAUGGGAAUGGGUCAGGGAAUGGGUGGACAGGGAAUGCGACAAUGGCGAGGUGGUGGCUAUUAGAUGUUUCUUUCUCUUUUGGGUACUUAUGUAGCUAUCAGUACGUUCUUACUUUCUCAUUGCCCGUGUAUUGUGCAUUUGUAUGUUAUAGCGUUUGCUCUGCAUUCAAUUCAAG